GCGAACCUGUUGUAGUAUACAUUGGCUGCUGCUGUCAUUUACGUACUCGCCUAAAAAGCUGCAGACGUCAAGCAUUGCUGGCGCCUAAAAGUUAUCAAUCGGUUUCAAGUUAAAUAGUUCUGUUCAUUAGUACCGUUCGAUGAGCUUUCAGGAUUUGCCGCCAUGUUCAGCUUUAUGAAGAAGGACAAGGCAGACAAACGGGAUAAAAAGGAAAGAAAAGAAACAAAAAAGCCUCAAACCAAAGAUGCUGCUUUCCAAGCAUCUGGCAGUGGAAGUGGUGGAAUUCUUUACGGAGCAUCUGCCGCAACCGCCUCGUCGUCAGCAGCAUCCGGCAAUGAUAAACUAACAGCUGACGAGCUGCUCCGAUUGGAUGAAGUUAGACGAAGUUUGAAAAUUCGUACACGGCGCAAAGAGAAGGAGAAACUGCCCAGUGGAAUCACUGCCGACUACACCGCCCAUUUGGGUCUGCAUUUGGUAGACGGGGGUCUGUCCAGCACCAACAACGCGCCGGUCUGGCCUGAGCUCCACAGUCCCAUAAGCGAUGGAGGGAGUUGCACGAGCGAUGGGACGCCCAGCUUGAAUUCUCUGACUUCAUCAACGGUUACGACAUCAACGAUGAUGAUGAUGAAACAGGAGACGUUUUCCGUUACCACCCCUAUGCCGGUACCGCCGGCUCGAGGGAUCCUCAAAGGCAAGUCGUCGUAUGGGCUGGAAUCGCCUCCGUUAUUGGAGCUUGACGAUGACAACAAAUUGGUGGAAAACACGUUGAAAAACGAGUUGAUUAUUUACGAGAAGCCGCCGGCUGUUUUGGGCAUGAAAAAGGCCCUUGGUCCAGCAACAGCAGCAGCAGCAGCAGCCCACUCCGUACUGCCUCCCCCUCUGCCCAAAUCGCAGCCACCCUUACCAGCAAAUGGCGCUUUUCAGCGAGCAAAGGCGGACGCGCGAAUACAAGAAGAAGACACGUUCACUUAUAGCUGUCCACGACCACAUUUGGCUCCGUUGGACGCAGCCACAGCUGCAGCUAUCGCCGCUGCCGCAGGUCUCGUUCCAGCUGAGAAUUCUAGGCCAUCUGGUGCCUUGUCCACCACUGCCAAAGCGUCGGCCAAACUGUUGUGGAGCGAACCUCCUGGCGAAGGAUCUGGAUGGUUGGAUCGCAUCAAAACCCACAAAAGUCUUCAUUCCUCAUCUUCUUCCUUGCCGUCUUCACUGCCUCUGCCUGCCCUCUUUGAGCCGGCCCUACCCGAACCAAGAGACUUGACGCUGCAACGCAAGGAGACGGGCGAUUUCGGUUUCUCGCUCCGCCGCAGCGUCGUGGUCGAACGGUCGCCUAAUGAUCCCUCCAGGAAUUCGGUGAAGAGGACGGUGAUUUUCGCCGAACCGGUGACUGGAAACACCAACAAGCAAUUGGACGCGGCUCUUCUACCUGGCGACCGACUGCUCGAAGUCAACGGUCAAAACGUUCAGAACACGAACCGCGAAGACAUCAUCGAUAUCAUCCGCAAUUCGGGAUCCACCGUCACGCUCAAGGUGCAGCCCGUGGCAGAAUUGGUAGAACUAUCUCGCCGCUGGGCGGCUGAUGGUCGUCAAAUUCGCCUGAACGACGUCAUCGCUAAAGGUGGAACUCUGCGCCGGACCGGAUCCUUACGCCACCGCCAUACAAAGGCCAAAUCCGAUGAUGAAUUGACCAAAGAAAAGGAAUGGAUCGAAUCGGGCCGAGUCUGGUUGCAGCACAGCGAUGGAUUCACAUCGGCCCGUCUGGACGCCGUCGGCGAUGCUCCAGUCGAAGAGGGUCGUGUCCGCUUGAAGCUGGACGGCACCGGUGAGGUGGUGGUGUCGGUCGACGAAGACGAAGUCGUCAAAGCCAAUCCUCCGCAAUUCGAUUUGGCAGAGGAUCUGGCCCAGUUGCGACACCUCAACGAAGCGUCGCUGUUGCACACGUUGCGAUGCCGUUACGCCGCCAGCCUGCCGCACACCUAUGCCGGACAAAGUCUUAUCGUUAUCAAUCCCGUCACACCUUUGGCCGUCUAUUCCGAACGGAUGAUCCAGCUGUUCCGCGGAUGCAAAUCCGAGGACAUGCCUCCCCACAUUUAUUCGUCGGCUCAAUCGGCUUACCGUUCCAUGUUGGCCACGCGCAGCGAUCAGUCGCUCAUCUUUGUCGGCCGCAGUGGAUCCGGCAAAUCGCACAACUUCCGCAAUUCGCUGCACUACCUCUGCCUAGCUGCCGGAUGUCCGUCCAAGGUGAUCACCGUCGAAAAACUCAACGCCAUUUUCUUGCUGCUGGAAGGGUUCGGCAACUGCCGCACCGGCCUCAACGCCAACGCCACGCGAUUCACCAACAUCUUUUCGCUGGAUUUCGACCAAUCUGGGCAAAUCGCUUCCGGUUCCAUCCAAGUGUUGAUGCCGGAACGGGAGCGCGUGAUACGACGGCCAGAAGGCGAGCCGUCGUUCAACGUCUUUUACGAACUGGUGGCUGGAGCGACGGGCGAGCUGCGUCGCUACUUGCAGCUGGAAAACAUCAGCACGAACACGAACGAGCCGUGUGCCUUUAUGACGCCGUUGCAGUCAGCCGAAGAGCGUCAAAAGGCGGCCGUCAGUUAUGCCCGUCUCGUGGCCGCCUUGGAGUCGCUAGGUGUGGCCGAAAGCGAUAGUCGAUGCAUCUGGUCCAUUUUGGCCGCCAUUUACCACCUGGGAGUGGCUGGCGCUAUGCGAGGUGCGACCAACAACAAGAUCGUUUUCGCCCGGCCGGCUGCCGCCCAGCGAGCCGCCAUUCUUUUGGGAAUCGGAUCGUUGGAAGAGCUGGCCCAGAUGGCGUUUUACGCCACUCCCGUCCAAGGCUUGAUCAUGAAUGGACGCUCUUCUUUCCGGACGGCGUCGCCCGUCCAUGAAAGUGCCAAGUCCUCGGCGUUGGCCGACAAACAUCUCGAUCCAACCGAAGCCUUGGAAGGAUUCGCCCAGGGACUUUACGUGGAGGCGUUCAGCGCCUUGGUUGCCUUGAUCAAUCGAUCGAUUUCUUCGACGGCACGCACCAUCAGCUCCAUCGUAGCCGUCGACACUCCGGGCUUCCAAAAUCCGGGCACGACCAGCAACCCGAUGGGAGAGCGAGCCGCCACCUUCCAGGAUCUGUGCCAUAACUACACUCAAGAGCGGCUGCAGCUGCUCUUCCACGAUACGCACAUCACUGCCCAGCUCAACCGCUACGCUCAAGAACACAUCGACAUCACGUUGGAAAGCGGGACGGGCGAAGAAGAAAUGCCAUCGCCCGAGCCUCUCGUCGACUUGCUGGACAGGGCGCCCCAGAGCGCCGUGGCGCGAGCUCAGUCGGCCACCAAUUUACGCGACGUCGAACGACGCGGAUUCCUUUGGCUGCUGGACGACGAAGCGCUGGUCAGCACGACCAGCGAAGACGAGCUGCUGGACAAACUGUCGGCCAUGUACAACGAUCGCGCCUUCGACAAGCUCUUCACCAGGCCAGAGGGCGUCGGUUCCAGGAAACAGCUGAUGAUCCACCACGGCCAGGGUACCAACAGCGUCCUCUACGAUCUGGACGGAUGGUUGAAAUCGGCCCGCGAGAUGCCCACCACUCGCAACGCCGCCCUGGCCCUGACCGAAUCCACCAAGGAGGAAAUGGCUUCGCUCUUCCGAUCCUGCCGCGGCCCCUUGCCCACCACCGUCACUGGCUCGGUGGCUGGAAUCGAAGGAAGCCAAUCGCUGCGCAGGGCGUCCAGCAUCCGCCGCACCUUCACGUCUGGCACUGCCGGCAUCAAGCGCAAAUCGUUGGCCCUUCAGUUGAAGUUCCAAGUGGACGGCCUGAUUGAGACACUACGCCGGACCAAACCGCGUUUUGUUUACUGCUUUAUUCCGAAUCACCGGGCAGGUUUGGUGGACUCGAGCUCAUCGACUUUUGCCUCCAACGACGAUUCCCUUCAAGUGCCUUUGCUUCGUUCGCAGUUGCGUGGAUCGGAAUUGCUUCCGGCCAUUCGUUUGUAUCGACAAGGCUAUCCGGAUUAUAUGCCACUUGGCGAAUUUGUCCGCCGUUUCAACGUUGUGGUGCCACCUGACGCGUUGCCCGCUUCUCUGCUGACGGGUCUCAACAACUCGACGGCCAGCGAGAAACAAGCGGCCGAAAUCCUUUUGCUACAUAUCGACAUGGAACGAUCAUCUUACCGCCUCGGUCUUAGUCAGGUUUUCUUCCGGCCGGGAGUUUUGUCUCAACUGGAAGAUCAGCGCGAUGAAAAAAUCACGAGCCGUGUCGUCAAAUUCCAGGCGCAAUGUCGAGGCUUCCUGGCGCGCAAACGCUUAAUCAAACUCAAGGUGCAAGAUGUUGCCAUUCGCUGCAUCCAACGCAACGUGCGCAAAUUGCAGGCCAUUCAGGUGUGGCCUUGGUGGCGCCUAAUGCUCCGUUUGUCUCCUCUGCUCAACGUCCACCGGACCGAAGAGGAGCUCAAAGCGAGAACGGAGGAAGCCGAGAGUCUGCGCAGUAGAGUCACCGCUCUUGAAAAAGAGCGCGCCGAUCUCAAAUACGUCGCCGACCGACUUGAAACCAAGGUCAGCGAGUUGACUGCCGACUUGGCCGAAGAACAUUCGACCGCCAUUUUGGCUACGGAACGUCUCGAAGCUGAAUCGGCCCAAAGGAUGAAGCUGGAAAAGGAUUUUGGCGAACUUGAAGCCAAAUUCCGCAAAUUGUCUGGCGAUCAUGAAAAGAUGGAAAUGGAAGUGUUGCUGAACCGCUCUGCCGGCCUUAACGGCAGCGGUAGCGAGUACAUGAUGAGCGCGGCCGAGGACGACGACGACGAUGACGACGGCCAACCGAACGUCUUCCGCCAAAAGUGCGAGCGCAUGUCCCGCGAACUGGAACUGGCCAAGCAAAGGCUGGCCCAGCAGCACGAGGACGAUCUGGAGCAGAUGGUGACCAUCAAGAAACAAUUGGAAAAGAAACUCAACGACGCCUACGAGGAAGUCGAAGAGCAACGCCAAGUCGUCGCCCAGUGGAAGCGCAAAUCGCAGCGAUUGGCCGCCGAACUGAGCGACACUCGUCUCCUCCACGAAGAUCAGACCAACCGCAACGCCGUCCUCGAGAAAAAGCAGCGCAAAUUCGACACGGAAUUCCAACUGCUCCAGGACGAAUUGCGACAGGAGCGCGCAAACAAGGAACGGGCCAUGAGAGAACGCGAUGCCGCCAUCACCGACAAACUCACUUCCGAGCAAACUCUUCAGAGUGUUCAGCUUGAUCUGGAGAUGAGGGGCGAACGGCUAGCAGCUCUCACCAAAGAACUCGACGAAAUGACCACCGAAGGUCGAUCCGAUGCUGACAUGGCCGCUAUUAGAAGAGCCAAGCAUGAACUUGAGAUGAAAGUCAAAGAUCAGGAGGAAGAACUGGAUGAAUUAGCCGGUCAAGUUCAGUUGCUAGAGUCAGCCAGGCUGCGGCUAGAAAUGGCUAUGGAGCAGAUGAAGAAAGAAAACAAGAAGGAACUGGCGCAAAGAGAGGAAGAGAUAGAAGACACUCGUUGCAGUGCCCAGAAAAAAGUCAAAGCAUUGGAGGCUCAGUUGGAAAGUGAGCAUGAAGAACGAACACUACUGGUCAGAGAGAAGCAUGAACUGGAACGCCAGCUGCUCUCCAUGGCCCAGCACGCCGCUCACGCUGCCGACGACGACACCAUCCAAAAGCUGAAACGUGACCUGAAACGCCGAAAGGCCCUCUUGAAAGAUGCUCACAGCCAACUGGAACGGUGCAGAUCGGAAACGCCAAGCAAAGUCUUGCUCAGGCAGCUGAAAAAUCAGCUAGAAGAUUCCGAGUUUGCUAGAACAGCCGCAGUUAAAGGUCGUCAGCAUGCCGAACAAGAACUGCUCGAAGCUCAACAACAACUAGAUGAAGCACUGAGGCUGCGUGGUGAAACGGAAGACAAGUACUUGAGUUGUAACAGAGAGCGCAGCAAUUAUCAGAGUCAAGUGGACGACUUGGAGGUGGAAUUGAACGAAGUCAUGCGCAAGUACAAGGCCGCGGUAGCCCAGCUUACCGUUGACCAAAUCACUCUUCAGGAUCAGACUGCCCAAUUGAUGACUCUCGAACACGAAAAGUCUUCAUUGAAAGAACAGGUGGCCGAGUUGAGCGCUAGGCUCGAGUGUUUAGAGAUUGACACAAAGUCUGUCCAUACACAAAAACGUAUGGAAUUGAAAGUCAAGGAACUGGAAUCGAGAGUCGAACUGGAGCAAACGUUCCAAGUCACGAUUGGAGACGCAAGUUGCACGACUCAAAGAGAUGUUGGAUAAGAGUAACCUCGAACUAGACUCGCUCCGCUGUAAGGAACAACUGUCUCAAGAAAGCAGUAAACGCCUGCAGCGUCAGUUGCGUGAUGUCCGCGAAGAGUUGACGGGAUCAGAGCAGCGAGAUGCCGACACGUCGCAGCAAUUGCGAGAACUUGAGCAACGCAUCGAAUUGCUGGAAUCAGAAAACGCCACAUUGGUAAAGGAUUUAUCGUUGGCCCUGCGCCGAAUCGAAGACCUUCAAGUCGCCAUGCAAGGUGAAAUGGAUACGUCAGAUUCGGAUCAAGAUCCGCACUCUGUCGAAAGCGACAGCGAUGACGACUCGGACACGUCAUUCCACACAUUCCUCAGUCAACGCAAGUACGGCAGUACUUCCGGUGUCAGUUCGGCCUCGGAUGCGCGCCGUCAAUCCCCUAUGGGACUCGAUAGUCCGUCCAGUAGCCGCGUUGAUCUGACGCUGACGCUGGAGAAGCAAGAAGACGAAUCUGUGGCAUAAAAUAUCGCAUCGUUCUAUUAACUUCAAUAUCAUAAAAAUAAUAAUAUGGAAUUAUUUAGUUAUCUUCUUUCCCCCUACUAUCCCUUUUUUUUUUUCUACCUUAACUGCCUUUUCCAAUUAGCGUUACAUUUGUAUAUAUAUAUAAUUAAUAAUUAUUUGAUAAGACAACACGUUCUUCCCCUUCUCCAUCCGCCUUGAUUAGUUUCAUCGUUGAUAGAUUAACUUUGUUGGUCUUGUCGUUUUCUUCUUUUUCCCCUUUUUCUUAUCUGGCACUCUCACCCACUUGUUGCUCCAAGCAUUUUCUGUUUGAUUAUCAACUAGCUGCCAAUCAGCAAUUCUGCCCUUCCCCCUUCCUUGCACCACACCGUAUGAUUUACUUGAUCCGUGUAUGAUAGACAGAACUUGCUCACAUACAAACAAAACAAAAAAUUAAUAUAACGAAUCCCCUCCCCCAACCACAAAAUCCCGUCCUCUGUCCGCCCCGUACGGAACCGAGAGAAAUACAAACCCAUUCUAAUAUU